UAAAUCCUGGAAUAACAUUUAUAAGAAUAAAUAGACUAAACCACAAAUCCGCUGUCAAAGUUUUUCAAACAACAACACUGUAUAAGCUGAGACAGAUGUUUUUAACUGACUUUGUUUACAAUUAGAUAUAAAUAAGUUGUGAAACGUGAAGUAACAAGUAUAUUAUAUAAAAGAAGUCAAAAUGCUGAUGUGGUUGUUCUUCAUGUUACUCAGCCAAGGUACAUCAAGUUUAAUUCAACACGGAAAAAUAAUAUUGUUAUUUGAUCAUUACUUCCGAGCUGAAGUGGUCAUCAAUGCAACAUCAAAGCCUGUUCUCGAAUGGUAUUUGGAUGAUGAAUAUCUAGGCUACGGGUAUUCUAGAAAUAUAUCAACUAAAAGCUACGUGUUUGCUACUGACUUGCAUGAAGAAACCUCGUGUGGAAAAACGUUACGUUACAAAGCUGUAACAAAAAGAGAUGUACUGUUAAAUGAAACCUAUCUGGAUUUUGAAUGUCAUGGUCACAUUCACUAUCUUAACAUACCAGUUUUUGUUGGAUCGACUUCAUCAGUAGUCAUUGCGUUUAUCGGACUUUUUGUACUGGCUUAUUUUGUACUCAAGAAAAAAGGCAAACAAGUGAAACAAAGCUUGGAAGAAAGAAAAUCACAAUGCAAGAAAACAAGGCAAAAACAGUGUGUGGAUACUGAACAAUACCUUCUUUCAGUUCCAUGUGGUGAAAUUGAAAGGCUGUCUAUAGUGAUUGAUGAAGCAUAAAUACAGGGAAAUAGGUAAUAGAGAACAUACAGAAAUGGAGAUCCAAAAUAAACAUUUGCGAGAUGAUUAAACCUGAUCAUCGCACGUGACAGACAUUGCUCGCAAACACUUGUUAAGUGGUCACAUGACUCAACCAGAUGAUAACAUAAUGUCACGUGAUCAAAGAGUAGUUUAAAAGAAAAGUGCACUUAAACCACGUUUACUCCACGAUAAAAUUGUUCCAACAUAUUGUAUUUUUAAAAAAUUUGGUUGGGAAAAAUUUUUCUUAUAAAAUAAAGAUAUUCGAAGGGCGAGUAAA